AGCCCAGUUUGAGACUUGUGUCAAACUUCAGACCUACAGAACUGUAAAAUAAUGUGUUACUUUAAACCAGUAUGUUUGUGAUCAUUUCUAUGAGUACGACAAUUUACAUUUGAACUUUAAAGGACUCUACAACUUAGUCCUCUCUAGCUUAUUGACUUUUCUCCCUUUAUUGUUCCUUUUGGUCUAUGCUCCAGUCAGCUCAGUGUUACUCAAAUAUUAUCUUUUGUUGGUUUUAGUUAUUUAUUUUUGGGGGUAUGUGAAAUACUACUAUGGUUCUAAGAGUCAGUCCUAUACAAAAAUAUUUGCCUCUUCCUUGCCAAUCCUGCUUAUUCACAUUCCGUCCCUUUCUUCCCACCUUUCUCAUAUAAGACAUAAAUCACUUAAAUUUCUGGUUUAUCCUUUCUAUUUUUCCCACAAAUGAGCAGAUACUUGUAUCUUCAUAAGUCCCCUUUUUUCAUACACAGAGUCAUAUACUUUUGCCUUUAAGCAAAAUUAACUUUUUAGAGUCCAGUGAAUUUUGCACAAGGCUAAUGAUUUUAAGUAAAUGUUGUUGUGUUGAAAUGUCAAGGGCCAGCUUGAAAUGAAUUAAAGCUUGAGACGUGAGGAAUUGAAAUAGCAUAUUUAACUUUCAGGAAGUUCUAAUUCUUAUUUGUAGUUAGGUUCUAAACUGGGUACUUCUCAUGACAGACCCUGGUCACUGAGCUGCAUUAGCUUUAGGAAACGUUGAGUAGCAGAGGCUCAAACUACGGAGUUGGCACAGACAUACCAAUUAUUUCCUUUUCUGAGGCUCACUGGGUGGUUGUGACAACAGGGAGACAUUUCCGAUGACAGAUAUGCGUGUUCCCAAGUCCUUCAAUCCUAAAGCCUCUACUUAGGCAUCUUGUCUUACUAUGCUACAGCAUCGCGGUCUUGGUCCUUGAGUCUAAAGGGGAGCCCCAAACAGCGGUACGAGUGGCUCCACACAGCAGGCACUUCCCCCACGAUGUACACACCCGCCCAAAGGGGCCAGAAACAAGAUAAAAUAUCACAUUCGAGCCAAUCUUGACCUCACCAGUGUUCGGUAGCCCCUAACAAACUAAUCACAAACACCCGCGCAUCUGCGGCCCGCCGAAACCAAUAUUCCCAGGAUCCUGGGCGGUUUCGAUUGACGUUACUUCCGGGAAAAGUAACGGAAUUUUUUUUAUUUCGGCGGUUGCGGCCUGGUAAGGUCUCGCGACAUUUGCUCCCGCGAGAUCUGCUUGCUCACUCUAGCGAUGACAUCCUUAUCCUCCUCCCCGCCGCCUUUCGGCAAUCUUCGCCAGUCCCAGCCCCGACCAAUCUGCACUCAGAUGGCAUGGAUCAGGGUCUACCCCCCGAACCCCGGUCUGCGUUGGGUGUCAGGCAGCAGCGGCGGGGUGCGAGCUGCACGAGGCAGACGGCAGCUGCACUGCGGGCGACCACAGACUGGCAACGAGCUGUGAACGUGGGCGGGGCGGGGGUAAGCCUGCUGUGUAGCGGCUCGAUUGUUCUGGCCUGGCUAUGGCGCCUCUCCUCCCCCCCGCCAUGGCUCCCCGUGUCCCUGCUCCGCUCCUCUCAGUGAGUGAAAGUGGCCGCCGCCGCCGCCGGCCCAGCGCCCGCAGCCGCCUCAGCGCCGCCGCCAUCUUGGGGUCCCAGGAGCCGCCGAGGGAGCGAGCUAGGAGCGUCCACGCCCAACGCAGUCACUGUCCCACGGUCUCAGAGAGCGAACCGCGGCUCCACGGUCGGCGGGGCGACCUCCCCCUCCGGACCCCGCCCGCACCCCGCCCCCCCCUCCGCCGCCGCCGCGGCGGCGGGGCCCGGCGGCCCGAGCUGUGCAGUCAGAGACCCUUGUGCAUGACGACAGAUUUGUUCUAUGGCCUCAGAGUUGGGUGCCGGGGACGAUGGCGGCUGCACUGAGCUGGCAAAGCCCCUCUAUCUUCAGUACCUGGAGAGGGCCCUCCGGUUGGACCACUUCCUGCGACAAACGUCAGCUGUCUUCAACAGGAAUAUUUCUAGUGAUGAAAGUGAAGAUGGACUGGAUGACAGUAAUCCUUUAUUGCCCCAGUCUGGGGAUCCCUUAAUACAAGUUAAACAAGAAACUCCAAAUUCAUUGCUUGGUGAAACUUCCGGAGCAAGUAAUUCUGGAAUGUUGAACACAUACUCGCUAAAUGGAAUCCUACAGUCAGAAUCAAAGUGUGACAAAGGGAAUUUAUACAACUUCUCUAAGUUGAAGAAAAGCAGAAGGUGGUUGAAGAGCAUUCUGCUAAGUGAUGAGUCCAGUGAGGCAGAUUCUCAGAGUGAAGACAAUGAAGAAGAAGAAGGAGAAGAAGAAGAAGAAGAAGACGACGAAGAAGUAGAAGCAGAAGAAGAAGAAGAAGGAGGAGGAGGAGGAGGAGGAGGAGAAGAACUCAAUCUCAGCAGAGAAGAACUUCAUAACAUGUUGCGGCUACACAAAUAUAAGAAACUUCACCAGAAUAAGUAUAGUAAAGACAAAGAGUUGCAGCAAUACCAGUACUACAGUGCAGGCCUGCUCUCUACAUAUGACCCUUUCUAUGAGCAACAGCGGCACCUACUUGGACCCAAAAAAAAGAAAUUCAAGGAGGAAAAAAAACUUAAAGCCAAGUUGAAAAAGGUAAAGAAAAAACGGCGAAGGGAUGAAGAACUUUCCUCUGAAGAAUCUCCUCAUUGUCACCACCACCAGACCAAAGUCUUUGCCAAGUUCUCUCAUGAUGCACCCCCUCCUGGCACCAAGAAGAAGCACUUAUCCAUAGAGCAACUUAAUGCUCGUCGUAGGAAAGUAUGGCUCAGCAUCGUGAAAAAGGAACUACCAAAGGCCAACAAGCAGAAAGCUUCCGCUCGUAACCUGUUUCUCACCAAUAGCCGAAAGCUCGCCCACCAGUGCAUGAAGGAGGUGCGUCGAGCUGCCUUGCAGGCCCAAAAGAACUGUAAGGAGACCUUGCCUCGUGCCCGCCGCCUCACCAAGGAGAUGCUUCUGUACUGGAAGAAGUAUGAGAAAGUGGAGAAGGAACAUCGCAAGCGUGCAGAGAAGGAAGCCUUGGAGCAGCGGAAGUUGGACGAGGAAAUGCGGGAGGCCAAGAGGCAGCAGCGAAAACUGAACUUCUUAAUUACCCAGACAGAGUUGUAUGCCCAUUUCAUGAGUCGCAAGCGAGAUAUGGGUCAUGAUGGGAUCCAAGAAGAAAUCUUAAGGAAACUGGAAGAUAGUUCUACCCAGAGACAAAUUGACAUUGGUGGCGGGGUGGUAGUUAACAUCACACAGGAGGAUUAUGAUAGUAACCAUUUCAAAGUCCAGGCUCUGAAGAAUGCUGAAAAUGCUUACCAUAUUCAUCAAGCUCGGACAAGGUCAUUUGAUGAAGAUGCAAAGGAGAGCCGAGCAGCUGCCCUACGGGCAGCAAAUAAGUCAGGCACUGGGUUUGGGGAGAGUUACAGCCUAGCAAACCCAUCUAUCCGGGCUGGUGAAGAUAUUCCACAGCCCACUAUUUUUAAUGGCAAAUUAAAAGGUUAUCAACUGAAAGGCAUGAAUUGGUUGGCAAAUCUCUAUGAACAGGGUAUUAAUGGCAUUCUUGCAGAUGAAAUGGGCCUUGGUAAAACAGUCCAGAGCAUUGCCCUCCUGGCCCAUCUGGCUGAGAGAGAGAACAUUUGGGGACCAUUCUUAAUAAUUUCACCUGCUUCUACGCUUAACAAUUGGCACCAGGAGUUUACUAGAUUUGUUCCUAAAUUUAAGGUGCUACCAUACUGGGGAAAUCCUCAUGAUAGAAAAGUCAUCAGGAGGUUCUGGAGUCAGAAGACCCUCUAUACUCAGGAUGCCCCUUUCCAUGUGGUUAUCACCAGCUACCAAUUGGUGGUGCAGGAUGUAAAGUAUUUCCAGCGUGUGAAAUGGCAGUACAUGGUAUUGGACGAGGCUCAGGCACUCAAGAGUAGUUCCAGCGUUCGUUGGAAGAUCCUCUUGCAGUUCCAGUGUCGGAACCGGCUUUUGUUAACUGGAACACCCAUUCAGAACACCAUGGCCGAGCUCUGGGCUCUGCUGCAUUUUAUUAUGCCAACAUUAUUUGAUUCACAUGAGGAAUUUAAUGAAUGGUUUUCCAAGGACAUUGAGAGCCACGCCGAAAACAAAUCUGCCAUUGAUGAGAAUCAACUCUCUCGCUUACACAUGAUCUUGAAGCCAUUUAUGCUUAGGAGAAUCAAGAAAGAUGUGGAAAAUGAAUUGUCUGACAAGAUCGAAAUUCUAAUGUAUUGCCAACUGACCAGUCGACAAAAGCUGCUAUAUCAGGCCCUAAAGAACAAAAUUUCUAUUGAGGAUUUAUUGCAGUCUUCUAUGGGCUCUACCCAGCAAGCACAGACCACCACCAGCAGCCUCAUGAAUCUGGUCAUGCAGUUUAGGAAGGUGUGUAAUCACCCAGAGUUAUUUGAACGACAAGAAACUUGGUCUCCAUUUCAUAUUUCCCUAAAGCCAUACCAGAUUUCAAAGUUUAUCUACCGUCAUGGACAGAUCAGGGUCUUCAACCAUUCACGAGACAGGUGGUUAAGAGUUCUUCUUUCUCCAUUUGCACCAGACUAUAUACAACAGUCUCUCUUUCACAGAAAAGGUAUUAAUGAAGAAAGCUGUUUUUCCUUCCUUCGUUUUAUUGAUGUAUCUCCAGCUGAAAUGGCAAACCUCAUGCUUCAGGGACUUUUGGCCAGAUGGUUAGCUCUUUUCCUGUCUCUGAAAGCCUCCUACAGGCUCCACCAGCUGCGCUCCUGGGGAGAGCCAGAGGAAGAGAGCCAGCAGAGAUAUCUGAGAAACAAGGAUUUCCUUCUUGGGGUUAAUUUUCCACUCUCCUUUCCCAACCUUUGCAGCUGCCCUUUGUUAAAGUCUCUGGUUUUCAGCAGCCACUGUAAAGCAGUAGGUGGCUACUCAGACCAGGUCAUCCAUCAGCGGAGAUCAGCUACUUCCUCACUUCGUUGCUGCCUGCUUACUGAGCUGCCAUCUUUUUUGUGUGUGGCCAGUCCACGAGUCACCGCAGUGCCAUUGGAUUCUUACUGCAAUGACCCAAGUGCAGAACAUGAGCAACGAGUGCUGAAGGAAGGAGGGAGUCUGGCAGCCAAGCAGUGUUUGUUGAAUGGGGCCCCUGAACUGGCGGCACACUGGCUAAAUCGGCGAUCUCAGUUCUUCCCAGAGCCAACUGGAGGACUGUGGAGCAUCAGGCCUCAGAAUGGCUGGUCUUUCAUCAGGAUUCCAGGCAAGGAGAGCCUCAUCACUGACAGUGGAAAGCUGUAUGCCCUUGAUGUCCUGCUGACUCGACUCAAGUCUCAAGGACAUAGGGUCCUUAUCUACUCCCAGAUGACCAGGAUGAUAGACCUGCUGGAGGAAUAUAUGGUUUACAGGAAACAUACCUACAUGAGGCUUGAUGGCUCAUCCAAGAUUUCAGAAAGGCGGGACAUGGUUGCUGAUUUUCAGAACAGGAAUGACAUCUUUGUGUUCCUGCUAAGCACACGAGCUGGAGGACUGGGUAUCAAUCUCACUGCUGCAGAUACAGUGAUUUUUUAUGAUAGUGACUGGAACCCCACUGUGGACCAGCAAGCCAUGGACAGGGCCCACCGCCUAGGACAGACAAAGCAGGUUACUGUGUACCGGCUCAUCUGUAAAGGCACCAUUGAAGAACGCAUUCUGCAGCGAGCCAAAGAGAAGAGUGAGAUUCAGCGGAUGGUGAUUUCUGGUGGGAACUUCAAACCAGAUACCUUGAAACCCAAGGAGGUGGUUAGUCUUCUUCUAGAUGAUGAAGAGUUGGAGAAAAAACUGAGACUGCGGCAAGAAGAGAAACGGCAGCAGGAGGAAACCAACCGAGUCAAAGAGCGCAAGCGCAAGCGGGAAAAGUACGCAGAAAAGAAGAAAAAGGAAGAUGAAUUGGAUGGGAAAAGGAGAAAGGAGGGUGUAAACCUGGUAAUCCCAUUUGUUCCCUUGGCUGAUAACUCCAACCUUUCUGCUGACGGGGAUGACUCCUUCAUUAGUGUGGACUCAGCCAUGCCCAGCCCUUUCAGUGAGAUCUCCAUCAGCAGUGAGCUGCAUACUGGCUCCAUUCCCCCUGACGAGAGCAGCAGUGACAUGCUGGUCAUCGUGGAUGACCCAGCCUCCUCGGCCCCUCAGUCUCGAGCCACCAACUCUCCUGCUUCUAUAACAGGCUCUGUCUCAGACACCGUGAAUGGAAUUUCCAUUCAGGAAAUGCCAGCUGCAGGACGUGGUCACUCAGCCCGAAGCCGAGGGCGCCCCAAAGGUUCAGGAAGUACAGCCAAAGGAGCAGGGAAAGGCCGGAGCCGCAAGUCCACUGCGGGCAGUGCUGCCGCAAUGGCAGGAGCCAAAGCAGGAGCUGCAGCAGCCUCCGCAGCCGCCUAUGCUGCGUACGGGUACAGCGUGUCUAAAGGAAUCUCUGCCAGCAGCCCUCUGCAGACAUCCCUCAUUCGGCCUUCUGGCCUUAUUGACUUUGGACCUUCAAGCGCCUCUUCUCCCUUGAGUUCCUCUUUGAGCAAAGGAAAUAAUGUUCCUGGGGCUCCCAAGAGUCUCCACUUGACCAGCAGCCUAGCCCCAGACUCCCUGGUCCGGAAACAGGGCAAAGGCACCAACCCUCACGGAGGACGGUAACCACCUGGGCCCUCCAGCUUCCUUCACCCAAACCAGGGGCUAGAGUCCUGGCCUACAGAUGGUCAGAUGGUCUUUGGAUGGCUUGCCUAGUGCAGCAUCUUACAUCCCAGGUCAAAGAGCAGAGAUGGCCAGUGGCAGCAAGGGCCAGUGGUUGGUGUGAGCGCUUUCAUCACCUGUGUCUCAAGAGGAGGGCUCUGGGGUGCCGGUAGGGAGAAGGCCUGGAGACAGGCAUCAGGCCCCAAGCAUCUCACGCGGACUAUGGCCACAUCUGAAACCUCGUACUGGCCAAGGGCCUGACGCAGGCCCCCUUUAGACGCUCAGGCACACAGUCUCCAUCCCCAUUCCACUCUUCUGCUCUGGCCCUGUCCCUUGCAAAGGCUCUGCAAGUGCUGUGAAGAGCCUUCAACAGUGGGGACUUACUUGUCUUAGAGCUGCGAUUUCCUCUUGGGCUGGGAAGGAAGGAAAUCAUAUGUCCUCAGUCUUUGGGCAACUCCCCAGGUCUCCAAACCCCACCUGCCCAGAGCGUCAGCAUGAGAAGAGCACGAGCGUAAGAGAGAGUGGUGGCUGCGAGGAUGGCGGAAGGCUAGAGGAAGCAUGCCUGGAGGCCCUUGUUCUCCCUGCACCCCCUCCCCUGUCCUGUGUGGUUCACACCAGAGAACCUUCAGGUCCCACCAGCAACAGUAGCAGUGGCUGCCAGCCCAGGACUCCCAGAAGCCAGUGAAGAGACCAGGAGCCGCCGUAGUCAGCAGGACAUCCUCCCACUGCCCCUCACACAGACUCCCCUUCCCCUUCCUGAAUGCACAGUCUCCCUGCCCUUGCCCCUCAUCCCUCCCCCCACCCCCACCCCACCCCCGCUUGGCUGUAAGCACUGUCUGUAUUGCACUGAGAAAGGAAGGGUGGCAGGAACGAGGAGGGGAGGAUGGAGAGGAGAGGGCAAGCUUGGCGCCAACCCCCCAGCCCCUGCCUCCGCCAGCCAGAGCUCGCUUCCCUCCAGGAAAGGCAAAGGGGUGGUAUUUGCAUGGGAGCUGUUCUCCCUGCCCCUGGCCUCAUGUCCGUUGUGGAGCAGGUGCUUCUGGGUGAGUCAGCCUCUAAUUUGCACACCUGAAAAUCACAGAAUUGAGUUUAGAUAGAUUGAUUUUUUAAACUUUUUUUGGAGUUGGGGUGGUAGGGGAAUCAUUUAAUUUAAAUCAUUAAGAUUCCCCUGCCCAGACCCAGACUCCUGUGUACAGAUGCUAUUUAGAGGGAAUCAGAAAAAUGCCAAGCCUUUUUUCUCUUUGAAUGUGCUGUCUAUUUUUAUAACUGAACUUGUACAUAUGUAUAAAGAGAGACACAUCUUUCUUUUACUAACUGGAGAAAAAAUCUUAAAUAAAAUUGAGUGAGAUAAUUUUAUGUAAA